AAUGAACCAAAGAAACUUACGAGGCAAUACCAGGGGGAGGGGUCUUACAGAUCAACGGGGAGGGAUGGGGAGAGGAAGUAUUGGACGGGGAGGGGCAGGACAAGGUGGGGAGCAUCGUGGUAACACAAGGACACAGAGAUAUAGUCCAAGGGGAGGCGGAAAUAUGGACAGAUUAAAUAAACCAGAUUGGAAUAAAAACGGACAGAAUCCAUCAAAUAACAACAAAAUGUUCAAUUCUCAUAAGGUGCCAGCACAAUCCGAGACAGGAGGCAAAGCUGUAAAACGUCUGGCUUCACCAGAAACUGACCAGACUGGACCAUCCUCAGAGAAAUCACUCAAAACUGAACAAAACACAGAAAGUAAGCCAGGGUCCAAAACUAAUCGUACAAGCAGCACAUCCUCUGUGAAGUCAACAGACAGCAAAGAAGAAACAACUGUGAAAAAGAAAGGUGCUGGGAAAAAGGACGACAUAGAACUGGAUCCUGAGGUGGAAGCAAAGCUAGCACUUUUAAUACAGCCUAAGUUUUGUAAACUAUGUAACCUAGCUAUGAACAAUGGUCUCCAGGCCGACCAACAUUACGAUGGGAAAAAUCACGCUAAAAAAGUACGGCUCUUUCGACAGUCAGCGGCUCUUGAAGUGACAUUAAAAAAAUUAGAGAAGGAAGGAAGUAUUGUGACUGGAAAGACGGUUGUCCUUUUGGAUGAGGAUGAGCAGAAUGACAAUGUGAAGAAAAAUGAGGGGCAAGGAGACGAUCAGAAGGAAAAAGUGGAGAGUAAAAAGGCUAAAGAAGAUAAAGAGAAGUUGGCUGGAGCGACGGAGGAGAUAUAUUGUAAAGUCUGUGAUGUGUCCUUCAACUCCCCAAAGCAGGCCAUGCAGCACUACGAGGGUAAAAAUCACCAGAAGAAGGUCCGUAUGUCGUCACAGGUUCGCAAUGUCACAGAAUCUCAGAAGGACCAUGUCACUGUAGAUGGGACAGUCUUUGAGUGCAAACUCUGUUCAGUCCAUGUUACCUGUCAAGAACAACUCAAUGCACAUCUAGAUGGGGCCAAACACAAGUCCAAGUUAAAAUCUCAGGAGCGUGGCGACUGGUCAAAUGGACCUGCUGGUCAAGGCUACAGAGGAAGAGGAAAAGGAAUAGGAUUUAAUGGCCGUCCAGGCUACCAUUCUGCCUCUAAACGUGGCUAUCCAUUCCCUGGGGACGAGACUGAGCUGGGACAACCUAAACGACACCGCGACUUCCAAAACUACCGCACGCCAAGUGGGAAGUUCUACUGUAAGGUGUGUAAUGUCACAAUGAGUGGCGAUGGACAAUUUGCAAUGCACAUGGACAGCAAGAAACACAAGACAAAUAAUUCUUCCUUCAGACAUAUACCAGAUGGGGUAGAGGAGGUUUCAUAGUGGUUUUUCAAACGUAAAAACACCACAAUAAUAUUUUUUCAUUCAGAUAUAAAGCAAAAUGGACUGUGGGUCUUGAAUGUGGUAGUUAUCAAAGAUUGCGCAUUCCUCUACGAAUCUGAUUCUUAGUCGGUGACAAAGGGAGGUUUUGUUAAUGAUAUUGGAGUUUGAAGGUUUUUCAGUCAGUGUAUUAUAAACUACAUGUAUUGCAUUGAGGAUAGGAGGUUCACAAUUCCAAGAUGUUUAUGGUGAGCAAGAUAAAAAUAUGGGAUUAUCAGUAUUAGAAUUUGGUACAGUGCAGGAGGAACCAGUGAUAGAGUUCAGUAUUGACAAGUGGGAUGUAGCGUACAGGGUAUUACAAGGGCCGAUGUUGAUCAGUUUACUACCGUAUCAUUAUAACUACAUAUAUCUUCGUGUAAAUGAUGACAAUCACUGAUGAGAUUUAAACAUAAUUGUCCUCAUAAGUUUCGGACCAAAGAGUAUCUGUUUGUGAACCAGUUAGUUAGGAGUCAUUAUAGGGAAAAUUUGCUUACGGUAAGGAAUAGUCACAAGUCAAUGUGUUCAAAAUAGGUGGAUUACAGAUGAUUUCAGUAAGAGUUAUAUCAUUACCAUGAUGCAGUGUAUGUUAAAUUUUCUCUUUAAACCAAAUAAACCUGCUCAGUAACCAAAAGUUCAUGUCAUAGUGAUCAAAUGUACCAUAAUUUUGCAAUAUUUUUUCCUGCAUAUCGAAAUCCCAAGGUUAUUAUAUUUAACAUGUCAAAUUCUAAAAGAAAGUAUUAAUUUGGAUUAAAGUCUUCAUUUGAUUAUCUGCAUAACAGGUGAGCGAUACAGGCCCUUUUGACUUUUGUUACACUGGGUCAGUAUCAGAAUGACAAGGGGCGUUUCUCUACCUGGGACUAGUCUAUUGUUCGUGUGAGAAGGAUGUUAAUGUAUGCCUGGUAAUAUUGAACAAUGGUGCAAUGUACUACUAAAUGAGGAAACUGCAUGAUGUUUUGAAAUCCAAAGUAAUUAAUAUUUAUAAGAAAAUGUUUAGGGAAAAUUAAAUGUGAAAAUGUUGUUUGUGUAUCACGCUCCAUUUGUUAUCGGUGUGGUUAUAAAUCCUCUACAAAGAUUUACUGUAUACAGUGUCUCAACUCACACCAAGGUGCUUUUCCCUGUUAAUUAUUAUGUAGAUUGAUAGUUUAUUUAAAGUGCACUUUUAUCAUCUUAAACUUACUGUGAGGAGGUAAUUAUUUUUUCUUGGUGAAAAAUUAAAGAUUUUCAUCAUUUCUUUGUAUUUAAAGCAACUUUAAACUACCAAUUGAUAUCAUUUCCUUUUCAAUAUUUAUAUUCAAAUAGUGAAUUUUCUUUUAAAUUAAAUGAUCAUACAUGUACUGCA